GGCCGCGGCGGCGGUGGCUGAGCAGCAGCGGCGCGCGCGGCGGCCGACGCUGCUGCCCAGCGGGCACGGCCACGGCGCCGAGCUGGCCGGCCUGGCGCCGCGGCUGGCCGACGACCGGGCCGUGCUGCACCCGGCCUACCGCAGAUCUUACGGAGAGCGGGAAAUGGGGACCAGCGGAGGAGGUGGCGGCCUAUCGGUGACGGCUCGUGCGCCAGAGCCUCGGCCACCGUCGGUGCCGGGCGGCGACCCGCGUCUGCCGCUGCACAUCGUCACGGGGGCAGAGGCCUCCCAGCGGGAGUCGCCGUACAACCCGCAGACGGAGGCCAUCUCGCCGACGCUGCCGGCCGACGGGCUGGACGAGUCGCCGCUCCGCUCCACCAAGGACGAGCUGCUCGGCCAGAUCAGUACCAUCGACAGGGAGAUCAUGAAGGCAGAGUCUCAGAUCGCCAAACUCAAACGGAAACAGAGUGAGCUGGAGCAGCACGCGGCGCGGCCGGACGGCUCCGUCUCUGAGGACGAGCGGGAGCCCAAGAUGACCAGCCUGCCGCAGACCAUCUACGCCGACAACCGGAAGCGGGCACGGACAGCUACGGCGGACCUGGAGAAACUGAAACCGGCCCAGGUGAAGCCGGCGGCCGGUGCGGACGGCACCGAGCGGUGGCGACUGCACGCCGUCCAGCCGCUCUACAACCAGCCGUCGGACGUCGCCGCGUACGCCGCUAACCGCACCGCGUUCGCCACCUUCAAGCCGCGCCUGGUGGCGUCGAUCCGCCGCCGGCGGCUGGCGGAGAUCGGCCGGGACCGUGAUACGCUGCACACCUAUACCGGACAGCUGCGGCAGUGGCUGCGGCGCAUCCAGCAGCACGAGAUGGUGCCCAAGCACCGUCAGUGCGCCGCGCGUGACCGUGAGUUCUACGAGAAGGUGUUCCCUGAGAUCCGACGGCUGCGGGAGGAGCGCGAGCGGCUGGCGGCCGGCGGCGGCCGACCGGCCCGGCCCGACGGAGCCGAGCAGGACGACCAGCCGGACGGCGUCCAGCAGAAAAUGACGGAGCGGCAGCGGCUGCUCUCGCUGGCCGUGGUGCCGCCGCCCAUGCUGGACGCCCGACGGCGGAAACACCGGUUCAUCAACCGCGGCGGCCUCACCGGCGAGGCGCUGCAGCUGCACGACGACCUCUCCAACCUGAACGUCUGGACGGAGGAGGAGCGGCAGACGUUCAACGAGCGCUUCCUGCAGCACCCCAAACAGUUCCACGUCAUCAGCGCCGCCCUGGAGCGCCACUCGACCCGCGAGUGUGUGCGACAUUACUACCUGAGCAAGAAGCAGUUCAAGUACAAGGAGCGUCUGAAGAAGGCGCGCAGCCGCGGCCGGACGCGCGGCCCGGCGCGGCCGCCGCCGGCUCCGCUGGUGAUCGGGGCCGACCUGCCCGGCAUGACUACCCGCGGCGCCCUGCAGCAGCGCGGCCGGACCGGCGGCUCGGCGGCGGCGGGCACAGCCACCAGCACCAGCAGUGCCGUCCCCGCCCCGGCACCCGCCGCGCCGGCCGCCGCCGCUGCUGCCACCGCCGCCCCGGCGGACGGCGGCUCGCAGCCGGAGGGCGGCGACACCGGCACCGACACCAAACCAGCGGCGGUGGGGAGUGGAGAGGAGCCGACUGUCAAGGUGGAGGAGCGAGGGGACGCCGCGGAGCCCGCGCCGCCGGCGGUAGCGUGCGCCGUCUGCCAGACGGAGCAGGGUGCCGACACUGCCGACGAGUGGCGCCCGCUGCUGCCCGAGCAUGCCACGCUCUACGGGCUGUCUGAGGACACGCUGCCGGCGGACGCGCGCGUGUGCGCCGUCUGCCGCGGCCGCUCGGCACGCAGACGCUACCCGCAGGUCAAGUGCCCGAUCCCCACGUGUCCGACGCCGCGGCAGCGGGUGAAGCGCCUGCGCCCGCUGCCGGCGCGCUGGGCCGACGCCGACGCAUCGCUGCGACAGACCAUCGCCGCCGAGCUGCAGCUGACGCCCGAGGUGAUCAAAUGCUGCACGGCCUGCCGCGGCCGGCUGGCGCGGCGGCUGGCCGGCCGUCCGGAGCCGCCCGCCGAGCCGCCCUGGACGGAUGACGAGCUGGAGCGGCUGCGGCAGGCGCUGCGCAGCGGCGGCGCCGACUGGACGGCGGCGGCGGCGGCCGUCGGCUCGCGCCGGCCGGCCCAGUGCCGCCGGCUGUACGCGCAGCGGCGGCCCGAGCUGGGCCUGCAGCGCGCGCUGGCAGAGUACAGACAGGCGGCUGGACUGCACCUGGCGGCCGAGGAUCUGACGGACACUGACACUGAGAGCGAGGAAUCGAGCGGAGCAGAGGAGGACGAGAGGCCCGUGCCGGCGGCCAACGAGCGGCGCGGAGACAGCUCGGCCACCGUAUCUGCCGACGAGGCGUCGGCAGAGCCCGAGGUGAAGGUGGUGACUGUGGGCCGACCGAGGUCGGCGGCGCUGCAGAACCACGCCGACCCGCCGCCGGCGCCUGUCCGCUCAGCGGCGCCGGCCGAGCCCCCGCCGGGGCCGGCCGUGUGCGCCAUCUCCCCGCCGCCGACCACCAGUCUCGGACCGCGGCCCUCCAUCGGAGACCUCAUCGACGUCACCAUCAACCGCUCCUUCCGCAACGUGCUGGCGCGCAUGGAGCGCGAGGGCGACUCGCCGGCGGCUGGCGGAGACGCCCGAGACUUUACUCUGAACAGUCUGCUGACGGCUGGGGAGCGCCGCGGCCAGCCGCCGGCGCCUCCACAGCCACCGCAGCCGCAGCCGGUGCAGGACUGCGACAACGUGGCGCAGGACCUGAGCGUGCGUCGGCCGGCCGGCUCCGAGCCGCCUCCGCCGCCGCGCCGCAGUGCGCCGCCCGCUCCGCCGGCGCCGCCGCGGCUCGGGCCGCCGCCGGACGCGUACCACGCCGAGCGGCGGGUGUCUGCGCCGCACCCGGGGCUGCCGGAGCCGCCGGAGCCGCGGCCCGCGCCGCGCGCCGGAGCUGGCUCCAUCACGCAGGGCACCCCGAUGGCGGCGAUGGACGGCCUGAUGCGCCCGCCGGCCACCCAUCUCCGCGAGGGCGGCAGCAUCACCCAGGGCACGCCCAUGCAGCCGGAGCCGCGCCGCCGGGACAACCCGACCACGGGCGGCGGCCUGGUGGGGUCGGCCGAGCCGGGUGCGUACACGUCUCGCGCGGGGCCCGGCGCGCCGGCCGGCUACCCGUACCCGAGCGGUCCGCCGCCGGGCGACCACCUCUCCUCGCGGCACGUGCUCAUCACAGACUACAUCACGUCGCAACAGAUGCACGGCCGGCGCGACAGCCGCAGUUCUUCGGACGGCGGCGGCGACCCGCGUGCCUCGCCGCGCGAUCUGGCGAUGUACGGCCGGCAGCCGCGGCUGGCGGCGGCGCCGUACGCACCAGACAACUUCAGCACUCUGGUGGACGUGGCUGUGGCGCAGAGCAACCUCAUGCAGCAGCAGGCUCACCAGCAGGCCCAGCAGCAGGCCCAACAGCAAGCCCAGCAUCAGCGGCAGCAGCAGGCCCAGCAAGCUCAGCAGCGCCAAAACUCGAUCAACAAAGAGAUGGCGGCGCGGGCUGCCGGCCGCGGGCUGGACAAGGCCGGUCUCACCGCCAUGGGGCUGAUAGACACAAUUAUCAACCGCUCGAUGACGCAGGAGUCGCGCGGCGCCGGCGGGCCGCCGCCGCCGGAGCCGCGCGGCUACCCGCCGGUGGGCCGUGGCGGCGGGCCGGCCGCCGGCCGCGACUCGCCGCGCUCUCUGCCGCCGCCCGAGCGGCCCGCGUACCCGGCCGCGCCGCCGCCGCCGCCUGACAGCUACGGUUACCGGUACCGCGUCGGCGCGUCGCCGCUCGACUACGUCAAGAACAAGAUCGCCGAGGUGAUGCGCACCUCGGACAAGUCCGGCGAGGACGGCGAGGAGCCGGCCAAGCGGGCGCGCCUGGAGCCGACCGCGCUCUGCCUCACCCGCGGCAGCAACGGCGGCGUGGCCACCCCGCCGCCGCCGGCCGCUCACCGUCCGCGGCCGCCGUCCGAGCGCGCCACGCCCGCCGACGGGUCAGCAAUGUGA